CUUUGCUGGCAUUUUAAAUUAUAGAUGGUGGUAUGUAUUUUAGCUCUGUAGUAUGCCUAAUCUCUACUUAAUUACUGGUCUUUUACCCUGAGGAUCUUCCAAUGGCAAGUGCAGGACAAUGCUUUGUGCUCUGACCCUGGAUGCCUAUCUAGCUACUACCUGUGCAUGAACCUGAUUAUACAGAUAUCUCCAUACUCUCUGACCCCUUUUUAUAUCAUAAUUAAAGGGCAUUUAGAGCAAAGCAGAAUUCUGUUGUAAAAUAUGGUUUCCCUAAUGUUAUCCUCAUAUUUAUUUUUGUCUCUUUUAGUGGCUGGGCUUCUCUACCCAGUUCUUCCAGAUGCAUCAUGUUUGUCACAUGCUGCUUUGAUUGUAGAUUCUACCUAGGCUCUGCUUGAUCUCACCACUCAGUGUUCAUGUGAUCUAAGAAUGUUACCUUUCCUGUCUCAGAGCUCUGCAUCCAAUGAUAUAGUUGUUGUUUUAUCAUGACACUCUUUAGUUCCCUUUUCCAUCUCAGUGUGGGUAUUCUUUCUGAGGGUUUGAAAGCUCUUUGGUCCCCCCACACAGGAAUUGUUGACUGGGGAAAAGUGAAUCAUUCUUACUCAGAAGACUUCAAAUAUCGAGGAGGUGAUGUGUGUUUGCAGUUUGAAGUUUGUGGUUUUCAUACAGUGCCAGAAAGUCAAAGAUUUACUACUUCUAGCCAGAAAGAAUUUCCUGUUAGGGUGACUAGUGAAAAACAGACAAUCCGUUGUCGCUAUGUUGUUACCUGUGGUGGGCUGUACUCUGACAAAUUAGCAGAACUAUCAGGAUGCAGCAGCGAACCAAAGAUAGUGCCUUUCCGAGGAGAGUACUUAUUGUUAAAGCCAGAAAAGUCUAGUCUUGUGAGAGGAAACAUUUAUCCUGUUCCUGAUCCACGUUUUCCUUUUUUGGGAGUUCACUUCACACCACGAAUAGAUGGAAGUGUCUGGCUUGGUCCAAAUGCUGUUCUUGCAUUUAAAAGGGAAGGUUACAAACCAACUGAUAUUAGUUUAUCAGAUCUGUGUGAAUCUUUGAAAUACAGGGGUUUCCAGAAGCUAGCAAUUCAACACUUAGGUUAUGGACUGAAAGAAAUAUAUCGGAGCAUCAACCUCAGAGCGCAAGUGAAAGAACUACAGAAAUUUGUUCCAUCAUUAACAAUAGCAGAUGUAACAAGAGGGCCAACAGGAGUUCGUGCACAAGCUUUAGACAAGAAUGGUAACCUAGUGGAUGAUUUUGUGUUUGACAGUGGUUCUGGAAAUUUAGGUGAAAGAAUAUUGCAUAUUAGAAAUGCACCAUCACCAGGAGCAACUUCAUCUUUGGCAAUAGCUCGAAUGGUAGCAGAUAAGGUGGAGCAGACUUUCUCUCUGUAACACUAUAUUAACAUUUUUAUUAUGUGGUUGAUUUAUCAGCAAGUCAAGUUAAUAUAAUGAGUGUUUUUGAUUGCUGAUUUUAUAGAAAAUUUUUAUAAACUUUUCUAAAUUUAUGUUACUCCUUGUAUUAAAUUAAUGCAAUACAAGUUUUUAAUAUAAGUUGUGUAAUUAAAGGUUUAAUAAAAUGUACCAUUUGACCUAUA